GUGGUAGUGAUAUAUAUAAUUUGAGCCGGACAAUUGUUUUAUCAAAAUUAAUGAAAAGUGACCAUCAAUCUUAGUUAAAUUAGACCUAUUGUACAAAAUUCCAUUAUUUGAAAGUUUAUUAUAUGUUAUGUUUUUGAACUUUUCACAAAGUUUCAGAUGCAAUUUGUUUCCUCCGAUGGAAUUUGGAUAAAUUCUAAAGUUCAAUAAAUGAUAAAACUCAUUGAACAAUGAAUCUAAUUUGAUCGGAGCAUUUGGUGUAUAUUGUAGUUUCAUAAUUUAAUAUUUUCUUAUAUCCUUACACCAUAACAUAUUAUGACAGAUUUGUCAUACAUUUGUUUUUAUUUUCUUGACUUUCUAGUGUUUUUUAUGGAAUCCAAGACAAACGGUGUAUUUUCUGAAUUCGAUGGAUUUCCAUGGCAUAAUUUACCUAAAAAGGAUCGCAUUUGUAAUAUAUUAAGACAUUAUUCGGAUCUUAGAUCUCACGCUGACAAAGAAAAGUUUUAUUCUUUUCUAAAAGAUGCUGCUGAAAAACUUGAGUCUUCGAGCAAUGACGCGAACUAAUUAUAGAUUUAUCAAUUAUAAAUUUUAAUUCGCCUUAGCCCAGAUUAAUCACUUUGUUGUAAAUAAAUACCUGUUCUUAAUUGUGUAAAAUUGUUUAAUGUCUGUUUAAAAUAGAUUA